AUGACUUCGGCAUCUUCAAUGAUCAACGACCCAGUGAUGCAAAUGGCGGCAAGAUUUCGCAACUCAUUAUGCCUUGGGAAAUUUUCUACAGGCAUAUCGCUGGCUUUCAGCCGCACAAUCUCAUCAUCUGUUCACAACCAUUUACUUCAUGAUCUGACAGCGCGUCGUCUUCCUCUAACCUAUGACUACCUGUCUCCGCAGCCAUCUCAUCUCUUGGACCUUUCUUUAAUGGAUAUUCUUCCAGAGCUGCGGCCCCCAUCAUCGCCAGAGAAUAGCCUCUCAAUGACCCUUCCAUCAAUCUGUCAACCGCGCCGCAUGGCAGUAGGUCAUCACUUGAUAUAUUUCCCACCCCAAGUCACAUUAUCGCAGUUACUGCCAGAUGGCACAGACAUUCUGCAUUAUCCCGGUGAACCUUUUAACCAUCGCUUGUGGGCUGGUGGUAAUAUUAAGUUUCCACCAGAAGGGGGCCUUUUGCUGAACGGUCAACGUGCAGUCUGUGUUGAGGCCAUCCGAGAUGUGACGGUCAAGGGACAAGAAGGAGAGGAAAAGGUCUUUGUUAGCAUUGAGAGACGCUUUGCACCUGUGGAAGAGGGGGAAGACGAGCAAGCUAUCAGACGCAGGGUCCUUGAGAACAAUGAAACCAAUUCCGAGGGCAGCAUUCUCACUGAACGAAGAGACCUAGUGUUCCUGCGAGAGCAGACAUCGGAGAAACUUGAGUCUGGUGAAGUUCUCCAUACAAGGAACAGUAGGCUUGUAAAACGUAUGUACCAUCGAUCUACAUUCGCUGAAGGUACUGACAUGAAUUUGUUCCCUGCCAAAGCACCCUCAAACCCCGAAAUUAGCCGUAGGAUAAUACCUACAAAGGCCUUACUAUUCCGUUACUCAGCCCUAACGUUCAAUGCUCACUUGAUUCAUAUCGACAAGGAAUACACUCGUGAUGUCGAAGGCCAUCCAAAUCUCCUUGUACAUGGGCCCUUGUCUUUGACGCUUAUGCUCACCGUCCUUUCAUUCCACCUGGCCAGAAUGGGACGGGUGAUUAGAGAAAUCGAAUACAGGAACCUUGUUCCCCUUUACGUCGAUGAGGAAAUGAGGAUAUGCGCCAAAGCAAAAGACAGCCGUGGUGACGACUCCUGGGAAGUAUGGAUUGAAGGACCGAGCGGCGGACUCGCCGUCAGAGGCACAGUAUGGACAGAAAAUGCGCAUUCAUAG